AUGAAUGAUGAUGUUGAAGGGAGAAAAUCAAACAAUAAUACCAAUGCUACAGAUUUAGUCGUACCUAAAGUGAUAAAAAAACAUGUAUUAGAAGCCCAAAAUUGUAUUAACACCGAUACAGAAAUAACACACAUAGAUGAUAUGAUUGCAUAUCCCCAUAGCAGCGAUAUAGUAGAUUUUAUUCCACCACACGAAGACCAUACACAUGCUCUAAAUACCUCCAUUACUACGGUAUCAAAUGGCGAUAGCAAUGUUUCAACGCAUACUACAGAAAAAGGACAAACUGUUAAUGCUCUUGCUAUUCUUCCCAACUUGCCAUUUUUCUCAAGAAAUUUCACAGAUACAGAAAUCACAGCAUUAAGCGGGGCAGUUAGUGGGUUUUUGGCAGGUGUAAGUGUUUGUCCAUUGGACGUAGCGAAAACUAGGUUGCAAGUACAAAACCAAUCUACUUACUAUCAUGGCAUUAUGGGUACAUUAAAAACUAUUGUCAGGGAUGAAGGUGUGAGAGGAUUAUAUAAGGGUGUUGUACCAAUUGUAUUAGGUUAUUUCCCAACAUGGAUGAUCUACUUUUCAGUAUACGAAAAAUGCAAGAAAUGUUAUCCGCUUUUUUUCCAGUUUAAUUUUAAAAAUUCAGAUUUUGUUAUGCAUAGUUUCUCUGCCAUUUCUGCUGGAGCUGUUUCGACUAUUUGCACAAAUCCUAUCUGGGUAGUUAAAACUAGGCUAAUGCUGCAGAUUAAAAAUAUAGAUUUUGAACCCAAAGUGUGGCCCAUUGGUGUGAAUAGAACUGUGAAUAGUAAAGAAUUGGUUGAUAAUUAUUAUAAAGUGUACAGUGGAACUUUGGACGCAUUUUACAAGAUGUAUAAAAGUGAAGGCAUAAGAUCGUUUUAUAAGGGUUUGGUUCCUUCCUUUUUCGGAUUAUUACAUGUUGCUAUUCAUUUCCCUGUGUACGAGCAGUUAAAAGUGUUAUUUAAGUGUAAUCAAGACAUUGAUCCAACCAGCACCACCAACAAGAAUUUGCAGAUACAUCGAUUAAUUUUAGCAUCGUGUCUGUCCAAGAUGAUUGCCAGUACUUUAACGUAUCCACAUGAAAUUGUAAGGACCAGAAUGCAAAUACGAAGGGGUGACGAUAAGACUAGGAUGAUUGGCAUUAUCAAGGAAGUGUACAAUAAAAAGGGGGUUUCUGGGUUUUAUUCUGGGUUUAAUACAAAUUUGGCAAGAACUGUUCCUGCAUCGGUUAUCACUUUGGUUUCAUUUGAAUAUAUUAGAAAAUAUUUAAAACAUUUGAAUGCUAAGUAUGCGGUUUAA